CAAUCCACAAUCAAUCCUCGGUAUGUCUAUAAUAAAAUGAAGAAUAUAAAUAUAAUAUGUGUAUACGUAUCUCUUUAAAAAAUGACGUCAUUUUGAAACAACGAUGAUGAAUCAGAACGAACAAAUAACUGUACAAAUCGUCUGGAGGGAACAAUAAACCGGAUAGGAGGAUCCUAUACAAUCCCGAAUUGUGUCUUGUUUUGUAAUUUUACCAACCUAAAUAUAUGAAAGAAACACUUAAUGAUAAAUGACGUCGUAAACCAAACUAUCGAUCGAAGAUGUUUAUUCAAUAUUUAAAAACAAAAAACAAAAAAAUGGGUGAAUAAGUAUGAAAGCAAAAAGAAAAAAAGAAAAAAAAAGAAGAAAGCAAAUAUAUUCACAUUAUCGAUGUUAUACCAUAUACAUAACAGGCACUUAUGUUAGUUCAAAGAAUACUAUCUGUAUUUCGCUUAAAAGUAACUCAAACAAGUUGGUAGAUAAGAUUACAGAAGUUUUUAAUCUCUAAUAAGGUGUGUUAGGGGAAUCCAAAAUCAUUCGGUGUUGAAAUUUCAACAACGACGCGUGCUAAAUAUCAAAAUGCCAGCUUAUAGAUGGAUUCAUCGGUCGGCGGGAUUAUCAAUACCCGAAACAGCUGUUGUUGGUGGACGUGACAUAGAUGGAAGUACCAUUUAUGUUGGUAAAGCUUAUCACGAAGGUGAUAUACUUCCAGCCAAAGUAAUUCCUGACAAAAAUGUUGCUUAUGUUUGUUACAAUGGCGAGGAACAUGCCAAAUCUGAUUUUGAGGUAUUAUGCCAAAGCGAAUACGUAUGGGAAUUUUGCAGUAACGGAUCAAUUCCUGCGGAUGCUGUAGCUGGUGGAGAAACACGCGACGGUGAAACAUUAUACAUUGGUCGUGUCCUUCACAAUGGUUCUCAAACAAUUGGCAAGGUUCAACCCAGUCACGGUUGUCUUUACAUUCCUUUUGACGGUGAAGAAUUAUCCUUCAAGGAUUAUGAAGUUCUAGCCAUUCGUUAAUAUUAUUCAUUUAAUCGUAUAUUUAUAUUAUAUAUGAUUAUAUGAUGAUAUAAUUAACAGGUUAAAAAACAAAGGAAUCAAUUUAUCCAUUGGAGUUGUUUGAAUUUUUUUUUGUAUACCAAAA